GAGAGGGUGCGGGUGCAAUCUAGUUGUUGCCUGACAGGCGUUGCGUGAGGUUGUUGGUGUGGCUGUGUCAGCUGAUGUGAUGGGGCUCUCCAACUCCUUUUCCCACCCUGGUACCCCUAUUGCCCCAAUCCGUCGGGUAUCGACGAUUGGCCUGGAUUUCACCCGCCGAGCGACUUACCCUGCGGUGCAGGUGGCCCUGCUUGACCUACUGGGAGUGGAUGUGGCAGUGGUUUAUGGAAUUCAGCUUCACACACGCCGCCGGGCCUUGGUGAAGUUCGGCCCCGAGGCUGCCUACCAGGAUUUCAUCGGGCGCUAUAAUGGGCGCACCUUCCAGCUGCCUAAUAAUGGUGGUUCAGUCACUAUUUCUGACUGGAGCGGCAGGACCUCGUAAACAUGUGGGAGCCUCAGGGAUGCUGCUUUUGUUGCAGCCUUCGAACUGGGAGCAUUUUCCUGUGCAGCCUGUUUGUGGUAAUAAGUCUUUUGGAUGUCACAUGCAUGAUCAAGGUAUUCUUCAAAGGUCAUGUUGUGGAGAAAGAAAUUGAAACAAUGUGCGAGGAUAAAUUCUCGUAUGAAUCUGACUGCCAAGUUCAUGUACAAUCCAUUAUUACUGGUGUGGUGUCUUUCCGGGUGAUUGUCGACUUCCUAAAACUGACGCUCUCAACACUAAUGAUCCUGAGUAUCUUAAAGAAGAAGAUAAAGCUGAUGAUUCCUUUAAUGAUUAUGGUCUUCACCGAGCUAGUACUCUCGUUACUAACAGGCACAGUGAUAAUUAUUUUACUUGCCACAAUUGGCACUGGAAAAGCUGCUGUCGAAAUAGCUGUUGUUAUUGGUCUGGUGGUAUUCUUUGAAACUUACUUGCUGCUUGUUUUCCGUGCCUACUACAUGCAGGUUAGUGUGUUAAGUCUAUUUUUCAUUCAUACUUGGAAUAAUAAUUUUACUAUAGGUAUAUAGCUGCCCUUUUGUAUUUUAAUCAAAGAUGAUUACUACUAAACUUUACAAAUGCAUGCAUUUUUCUUCAUUGGGAAUUUUUCUACUUAUUACUACACACCAUUCUAGUAGCCUUAUUUUUUAUUUCGAUCUACAUUAUAUACUACAGUAGUUUGACAUUGUUGCAUUUGUUACCAAUUUCAACAAUCUGCAACAUUCUUACUUAAAUUAAAUUUGAUUGCUGCUAUUGAAUUCUCAAUUUCUGGUUACUUGAACUUGUGAUAAUUAAUUUAUGAAGAAAGAAUAUUGAUGCAGCCAAGGCAGAUUAGGACAGAAGACCAGCUGAAUAAAUCUUUUUGUUCAGGCAAAUAAAGUAAAGUACAAUACCUGUAUUGCCAUGACUUGGUGGAAGAGAUUAAACAUAGAAAAGCAAUGAUGUAUUGUUCUAAUGUGUACUUUAAAUAACCUGUCUUCAUUACUGUUUUAUAUAUAUAUAUAUUUUUUUUUAGAUAAAGAGAGAAGAUGAACAGAUGGAAAGAUUACUGGAUGAGAUUACUGAUAUUGAUAUUUAAUAAUAUACAGUACGUACAAUAAAAAAAAUAUGGUCAUGUAAAGAAAUAUACUGUACUUUUAAUAUUUUUUAUGUUGGAGAUUUAAAAUAUAAUAAAUCACACUAUAAAGUGUGAAUUUAGUUUUGUAAUAGUUUUUAGUUUCAUGCAUUAUGUUUGCCAAAAUUGUUACAUUUAAAAAAUAAUUAUGUAAUUUAUGUACACAAUCUUUCAUUUAAAACUUUGACAAAUAUAUAAAACUUCAAAA